ACCCCGCGGCGGAGGGACGUGUGCCCUGCGGCCGUCCGCAGGCCGUGAGCCUCCGAGGUUCCUCCGCGGCGCCCCGAUGCGCACGACGGGGCUGGGCCCGCGGCGGGAGCCCGGGUGGCCCUGCGGGGUGCGGCGUGUCGGGGCAGGCAGGGGUGCGAGGAGACCCCUAAAACGGCACCCGAGUGGCGCGGGGCGCCCUGCUCCACCUGGCCCGCACCGGCCGCGUCCUCGCCCGGAGCCGCUGGCUCUCCUGGGGCCGCCCGGCCUUCCCGACCUCUGCUCUGAGCGCCCUUGCCGAGCCCCGCCCCCGACUUGCUCCCUGCCCUUCCCGAGCUCCGCGCUGAAGUCCCUGGACACGCUCACCGGGGCUAGCCCUGCCUGGCGUCUGCCUGCCUUCCGUCUCACCGGGGCAGGGACCCUGUCUGCGCUUUGCAGGCUCCUGGGCCCCGCACGUGAGAAAGAUGGGACCGUGUUCAGAAUUCACACAAAAGCUGAAGGCCUUAUGAAUGUGGAUGUACCCUUGGAGUUGGUGUUCCAUUUACCGGUCAAUUACCCUUUGUGUCUGCCUGGUAUCUCAGUUAACUCGGAGCAUUUGACCAGAGGCCAGUGUAUGACUGUGAAAGAGAAGUUACUUAAGGAAGCGGAGAAGCUUUUACUGGAGCCCAUGAUUCACGAGCUGGUUCUCUGGAUCCAGCAAAAUCUCAGGCAUGUCCUCAACCAACCAGAGACCGGGAGUGGCUGUGAGAAGUGUACUUUUUCAAUAAGCACGGCUGUGGACGAUGGAUUGUGGCUAACUCUUUUGCAUUUAGAUCACAUGAGAGCAAGGACAAAAUACAUCAGAACUGUGGAGAAAUGGACUUCAGAUUUAAGGCUUACAGGAAGACUGAUGUUCCUGGGUAAAAUAAUACUGAUUUUACUACAAGGAGACAGAGACAGCAUCAAGGAAUACCUGAUUCUUCAGAAAACCUCCAAAGUAGACGUGGACUCAAAUGGAAAGAAAUGCAAAGAGAAAAUGAUUAGUGUACUGUUUGAGACAAAAGUACAGACGGAACACAAAAGGUUUCUGGCAUUUGAAGUCAAAGAGUAUUCAACAUUGGAUGAGUUACAAAAGGAAUUUGAAACUGCAGGACUUAAGAAGCUUUUCUCCGAAUUUGUUCUUGGGUUGGUAAAAUGACAAGAAUCUUUUGGUAAAACAGCAGUGUGUUUUGUUGUUUUUGCAUUAGAUUUUGGGAGGAGGGUAAUCAAAAUAGUCAUAAGGGAGCAAUUUAAAAGUUUCCCUGUAGCAAAAUCACUGUAAUUUCAGGAAAAAUGCCUUCCAUUUUAUGGAGUAUUAAACAUGUGAAGAACCCAUAUAUUCUAAUGUUUGCUAGGAAAGACCAAGUUCAAUAGAUGGCACAUUAUUUGGACCACGGAUUUAAAGAAACAUGUUGCCAAAUGAGGGCUUGUUUUUAUAUAGACUGUUUGUUUGGAACAGUGCAGUUGUCUGGCUGAGUUUUUUUGUAAUUAAAUGAUUUUUUAAAAAAAAGAAAUUUGUUUCCAUAUUUACUUUUUUCCACAGUUACAUGUUAAGCAUUUAAUCAUGAGUUUUCCCCAUUCAGCUUAUUGUGCCUAAUGUUUUAAGUUGAUUGUUGAGAAAACUGUAACACUGAUUUCUUUGUGGAAUUACAUAAAUCACUAGUUUAAAUACAAACCAAAGUUCUAUAUAUCCUGAUACAUAAUUGCUUUAUUUGAAUUUCCAUAUAUUUGAUAGCUAAAGGACUAGAAAAUCUAUUUAAAUUGAACUUCUUAUUUGAAAAGUCUAAUUUCUGGUCUUAUAAGGGGAGAAAAGUCACACAAAAUGGGUUUGGCUUGAUAGAAGUUAGAGACACUGCUUUUUAUUAUGAAAUCUUUCAGAUGAUGAUAAAAUAUAUUAUGAGCUGAGUGGAGAUGGUGGCAAACGCCUGUAAUCGCAGCACUUGAGAGGCUGAGACAGGAGAAUAGCUGGGAAUUUGAGGCCAGUCUACAGAGGCCUCAGUUUGAGGCCUGAACUACAGAGCAAGAGCCUGUCUCAACAAAAUGAAACAAAAACAAAAACAAACAAACAAACAAACUCAAAAAACAUGAAGCCAGUUGUGACCGAGAAAGGAUAUUUUUGUGCAUGAAGCUACCUGGGCUUCUGAAAUCGGAGUUGGAGUCAUGGAAGAAAGGUCAAGUGGGUCCUCUCUCACUGUCACCUUUAAUGUACACUGAUGCCAUUUUAAAGUUAUAACUCGUGCAAGAAGAGUGAGGAGAACAUUAUGGCGUGCUGAAUCGUAUUUUUUGACAUUGCUGUUUUGUAACCAUGAUGGUUCAGUCUGACUAUCUUAUUUGUAGACACCUUAGUUAAUUAAAUUAUGGCUACCUGUUUGUCAUUUUAUGGAGUUGUAUUAAUGAGGGGAGAUUUUAAGUUUAUUUCAUCUCAUUCUAGGGUGUUGGUGAUUUUUUUUCCUGGAGAACUAGCAAAUGUUAGAUUACAUAUGAGAGAGUACACAGGGCAAGGUAAGGAACCCUAAUUAAAUGCAUAAGUGAGGAAAUAGGAUAUAAAUUUUGGGCUGGUUAUUAUUACCCUUUUAUUUGAUUUACUGUAAUUUUAGGGAAAUUUAAAAUAAACAUAAUUGGAUGCGAA